AUGCAGCUGCCCAGACCCAGAUACAGCCCCUGGAGGGAUCUGGCCCUUGCGGUCAGUCUGCUGGCCUAUGGGAUCUGCCAGGCCUCCGGCCAAAUCUCCAUCAACCCAUUCAUAGGGCUCGAGGGCAUUCCAAGUUUCCUGGAACUCAAGAACGUCCCUGAAGGGGUUCAGGAAUACAGCUGGCACCGGGGCACAAACGACCAUGCAGAGAAUAUGAUUGUCAGCUACCAACCUCCCUCCAAUUCCUGUCGUCUGGGGCCCAUGUUUAGCGGCCGGGAGAAUGUGACCAACACGGGUACACUGGAGAUCAACGACUCUAUGCUGAAUGACACAGGGAACUACACUGUGCGGGUGAACCUCGUCAAUGACACCCAACGAGCAACUGGCUGGCUGGAGAUUCACAAGUUGGAAGACAACCCUGACCUCUUGGUCAACGCCACUGUAGUGGCAGAGAACAUGGAUCCUGUGGUCGCCUUCUGCAACACCAGUGCCAGCCAAGUCUUGUGGUACUUGAAUUACUUACAGGUGUCCAGCAACGACCAGGUGACCAUUUCCCCAGACCGCAAGACCCUCAUCAUGCACUGGGUCGAACGCUAUGACAAGACAAUUCAGUGUCGGAUAAACACCCACUUUGGGGAUCUUCAAACAAGUAAAAUAGUCCAUCUGACUGUGGCCUAUGGUCCUGACAGAGUGACGCUGAGGAGUGAGUCCUCUGUGAUCAUCGACAACCUGUCCGCUGAGAUCGGCUCCCAGGUGCAAAUAACCUGCAGCUCCACAUCCUUCCCGGGUUCUAAGUACCGCUGGAUCCACAAUGGCUCCUUCCUGAGUGCAGAGCCGAGCCUCAAGUUCCCGAGUCUGGCCUGGCAGCAGAUGGGCAGAUACAGAUGCAUCGUGGAGAACCCAGUGACCCAGCUGACCCUGUACAAGGACAUCCGCAUCAAGACGCCCUGACAAGCCGGGGUCUGUGAGUGUCUACCUCAGACCUGGAGGACAAGACCAGAUGGUCAAGGAGCAAGUGUGCUUCUAACGCCCCGCUUCCUCAACCCGACGACGCCGUGGUCCAUCAGAGAUGCUGCAGAGAGGUCCCAACUCAGCCCUGCCGGUGACAGGGAAACGGCGCAGCCUACAAAUGCCCAAUAG